AUGUGCCUCUGUCGUCUGCUCACGCUGCUGACGGCUUCCGCUUUUUAACCUAGGCCUGUGUAUGGCUUCCGAAUACUGCUGCCUCCACCGCCACCCUGCGCCAUGUGCCUCUGUCGUCUGCUCACGCUGCUGACGGCUCCGCUUUUUAAACUAGUCCUGUGUAUGUCUUCCAAAUACUGCUGCCUCCACCGCUACCCUGCGCCAUGUGCCACUUUCGGGUCUCCUCACACUGCUGCCAGGUCCAGAGUGUGUCAUGGGUCCCUGUACGGCCUCCCAUUGCUGCUGUCUCCAUCGCCACACUCUGCCAUGUGCCACUUUCAGGUC